GCACCACCCUUCUUACUGCCACCGCCGCCGCCUUCGCCCGGCGCUUCCAAAGGGAGGAAGUGUGGUGGGCGGCAGGCCGCCGCCGCCACCUCAUUCCCCCCCCCUCCAACUCCCGAAUUGGUCGGCUCCCGCUAAAGAUGAAUAUUAUGGAUUUCAAUAUGAAGAAGCUGGCGGCUGACGCUGGCACGUUCCUCAGCCGAGCCGUACAGUUUACAGAAGAGAAACUUGGGCAAGCAGAGAAGACAGAAUUGGAUGCUCACCUAGAAAAUCUUUUGUGUAAGGCAGAUUGUACAAAACAAUGGACAGAAAAGAUUAUGAAACAGACAGAAGUGUUGUUGCAACCAAAUCCAAAUGCUAGAAUAGAAGAAUUUGUUUAUGAGAAACUGGAUCGGAAAGCACCAAGUCGCCUGAAUAAUCCAGAACUACAGGGCCAGCAUAUGAUUGAUGCUGGAAAUGAAUUUGGCCCAGGAACAGCAUAUGGAAAUGCUCUUAUUAAAUGUGGAGAAACACAGAAAAGAAUUGGAGCAGCAGACAGAGAACUAAUACAGACCUCUGCAAUAAAUUUCCUUACACCUCUUAGAAAUUUUAUUGAAGGAGACUAUAAAACAAUUACUAGAGAACGCAAACUAUUACAAAAUAAAAGGCUAGAUUUGGAUGCUGCCAAAACUCGACUGAAAAAGGCAAAAGUAGCAGAGGCUCGUGCUUUAUCUGAACAGGAAGUACGGAUAGCCCAAAGUGAGUUUGACCGGCAAGCAGAAAUUACUCGACUUCUGUUGGAAGGGAUCAACAGUACACAUGCACAUCAUCUUCGUUGUUUAAAUGAUUUUGUGGAAGCUCAGCUGACUUACUAUGCACAAUGUUACCAGUAUAUGUUGGACCUUCAGAAACAGCUUGGAAGCUUUCCAGCUACGGUCCUUGCCAACAAUAACCAGUCAUCUUCAACCUGUGCUCCAAGUAGUUCUUCUAGUAAUAUGUCCUCAACUACUGUUACACCCUCACUAUCUUCAAUAAGCAGUGCAGUAGCUUCUACAAGCUUUGGUGAAUUGAAGCCCUCAAGUGGUAGUAGAAAAGCCAGAGUACUUUAUGAUUAUGAUGCUGCAAACAGCAGUGAAUUAUCACUACUUGCAGAUGAGGUGAUAACAGUAUACAGUGUCCCUGGCAUGGAUUCAGACUGGUUGAUGGGUGAACGAGGAAAUCAAAAAGGCAAAGUGCCUAUUACUUACUUAGAACUGUUAAACUGAGUGGUUGGCUUGUAUAAAGACUGUCAGUUAUGGUGAGAUCAUAUUUAUAUGCAAUUUAACUUUAUAUAAACCAGAUUUAAGUGUCUUCCAUGUUAAUGUCUUAAUGGAUGAGAGUAAUGAGCAUUAGAAAUGGGCAUUUCUUGCCAGUAUUGUUGCAUGGUAGAUACUGUUUUGAGAACUAAGUUGUUUAAGGGCUUUUUGCUUUAUGUGCCAAAAUUGUUUCCUACAUAACUUUGUUUCUAUUGGAAUUUUCUCUUAAUAACAGUUUUCUGCUUUUGAGUACUCUGAACCUGAAAGCAGGGAAAACAGUUUUCUACAGAACUUUUCAUAAUGACAAGCCUCUUCACAAUAAUAAAUUGUUGAAAAAUUGUUGCCUUUUUUUUCCCUUGGCAGAACUGAAGUUGUAACUUUUAAAGGUCUAUAACUCUACUUUUGUGCAACAAAACACUAUGGCCUUAAAUAAAAGUCUUCAUAACAAGGUAA